CUCUCUCUUUCUCUUCAUCUUGAAUCUUUCGGACACCAUCUCUGUGUCUUUCUCUCUCUCUCUCAAGUUAUUCCGAUCGCCAUGGCUGUGGAGAAGAAACGCCCACUGCAGAACAGCAACGCCGCCAAUGUCGACUCCGAUCCUGCGGCAGGGCCGAAGAAAACAAUCGAAGAAAUGUACCAGAAGAAGUCUCAGCUCGAGCAUAUUCUCCUCAGGCCCGAUACAUAUGUCGGAUCUAUUGAAAAGCACACCCAAAACCUUUGGGUUUACGAGAACGACAAAAUGGUCCACCGAUCCGUCUCCUACGUGCCUGGUCUUUACAAGAUCUUUGAUGAAAUUUUGGUUAAUGCUGCAGAUAAUAAGCAGAGAGAUCCUUCGAUGGAUUCUGUCAAGGUUGAUAUUGACGUCGAACAGAACUGUAUCAGCGUGUUCAACAAUGGAGAUGGAGUUCCGGUUGAAAUUCAUCAGGAAGAGAAGGUUUAUGUGCCUGAGUUGAUCUUUGGACAUUUGUUGACUAGUAGUAACUAUGACGAUACUGAAAAGAAAACCACUGGUGGACGCAAUGGCUAUGGUGCAAAACUUACCAACAUUUUUUCUACUGAAUUUGUGAUCGAGACGGCUGAUGGAAAACGCAUGAAGAAGUAUAAGCAGGUAUUCAAUGAUAAUAUGGGGAAAAAAUCUGAGCCGAUUAUAACAAAGUGCAAGGGGGGUGAUAAUUGGACCAAGGUAACUUUUAAGCCAGACUUGGCAAAGUUCAACAUGACUCAUCUUGAAGAUGAUGUUGUUGCACUGAUGAAAAAGAGAGUGUUGGAUUUGGCCGGAUGCCUUGGUAAAACCGUUAAGGUUGAGCUGAAUGGACAAAGGGUCCCUAUUAAAUCAUUUCAAGAUUAUGUAGAUCUCUACCUCAAAUCAGCAUCCACAUUCCAGACGGAACCUCCAAAAAGGUAUCACAUUAAGCCAAAUGAUCGAUGGGAAAUUGUGGUGACCUUAAGUGAGGGCCAGUUCCAGCAGGUCAGCUUUGUGAACGGGAUUUCAACCAUUAAGGGUGGAACUCAUGUUGAUUACAUCACUAAUCAAAUUUCAAAUUAUGUGAUGACUGCCGUAAAUAAGAAGAACAAAAAUGCUAACGUGAAGGCCCACAAUGUGAAGAACUAUUUGUGGGUUUUUAUCAACGCUCUCAUUGAUAAUCCAUCCUUCGACUCCCAAACCAAGGAAACUUUGACUAAACGUUCAAACAGUUUCGGUUCUACAUGCGAACUAACGCCAGAGUUUUUGAAGAAUGUGGCCACAAAAUCUGGAAUUAUGGACAGCGUUCUCUCAUGGGUUAAUUUCAAGCAAAGCAAAGACCUGAAGAAAACGGAUGGAGCUAAAACAGAAAAGAUUAGUGGUAUAGAAAAGUUGGAGGAUGCCAAUUGCGCUGGAGGGAAGAACUCGGAAAAAUGUACCUUAAUUUUGACGGAAGGAGAUUCAGCUAAGGCCCUUGCAAUGGCUGGGCUCGGUGUAGUAGGACGAGACUUUUAUGGUGUAUUCCCACUAAGAGGUAAAUUGCUCAAUGUGAGGGAAGCAACUAGUAAACAGAUCACGGAGAAUAAAGAAAUUCAGUACAUCAAGCAAAUUCUUGGACUUCAGCAAGGGAAGGAGUACAACAAUGCUAAGGCUUUGAGAUAUGGUCAUUUGAUGAUUAUGACCGAUCAGGAUCAUGAUGGUUCGCACAUUAAAGGACUCUUGAUCAACUUUAUUCAUUCAUUCUGGCCUUCUCUCCUAAGAGUGCCGUCGUUCCUGGUUGAAUUCAUAACGCCUAUUGUCAAGGCUACUCAUAAGAAUGGAACUGUUUUGUCAUUCUAUACCAUGCCUGAGUACGAGUCCUGGAAAGAGAGUUUGAGAGGCAAUGCAAGUGGCUGGUCAAUCAAGUACUAUAAGGGGUUGGGAACAAGCACAUCUAAAGAAGGGAGAGAGUACUUUGAACAGCUGACAAAGCACAAGAAAGAUUUUAUUUGGCAAGAUGACAAUGAUGGGGAGGCCAUUGAGCUUGCUUUCAGUAAGAAAAAGAUUGAAGAUAGAAAGAAUUGGCUCCGUCAAUUUGAGCCUGGUACCCAUCUAGAUCAGACAAGAAAAUUGAUAAAAUACAGCGACUUUGUCAACAAGGAGCUUAUAUUAUUUUCAAUGGCUGAUUUACAAAGGUCUAUUCCCUCGAUGGUUGAUGGCCUUAAGCCUGGCCAAAGGAAGAUCCUGUUCUGUUCUUUCAAGAGGAACUUUAUCAAAGAAGCAAAGGUUUCUCAAUUUUCCGGUUACGUAUCUGAGCACUCUGCUUAUCAUCAUGGCGAGCAGAGUCUUGCUAGUACCAUCAUUGGAAUGGCACAGGACUUUGUCGGCAGCAACAAUAUUAAUCUUCUUCUACCAAAUGGACAGUUCGGCACACGGAACCAAGGAGGCAAAGAUCAUGCAAGUUCUAGGUACAUCUACACUAAACUUUCAAAUGUUACACGGUUCCUUUUCCCGAAAGAUGAUGACAAACUUCUUAACUACUUAAAUGAAGACGGCCAGUCGAUUGAACCAACCUGGUAUAUGCCUAUCAUACCAACCGUUCUUGUCAAUGGAAGUGAAGGAAUUGGUACUGGGUGGAGUUCGUACGUUCCAAAUUAUAAUCCUAGGGACAUCAUUAAAAAUGUAAGACGCAUGUUGGAUGGUGGGACGAUGUUGCCAAUGGAUCCUUGGUAUAGAGGUUUUUCAGGAACUAUAGAGAAAACUGCUACUAAAGAAGGAGGCACUAGUUAUACUGUUAGUGGAAUUAUAGAGGAAGUCAGUGACACGAUGUUGAGAAUAGUUGAAUUGCCAGUCCGCCGAUGGACUAAUGACUACAAAGAUUUUCUUGACUCUGUCACAAAAGUUGCUACAAAGCAUGACAAAGAUAAAGAAAAAGCAGCGAAGGAACCUUUUAUUGAGCAAGCUGAUCACCACAGUGAUGACAAAAUUGUUUCCAUUGAUGUUCACUUAACGGAGGAAAACAUGUUACUGGCAAUCCAAGAAGGUUUGAAGAAGAAAUUCAAAUUAACUACAACUGUCAGCACUAGCAACAUGCACCUGUUUGAUGCUAAUGGCGUGAUUAAGAAAUAUGACACUCCAGAACAAAUUCUUGAGGAAUUUUUCCCCCUUAGACUUGACUUCUACGAGAAAAGAAAGAGAAAUCUUUUGGAAAACCUUGAAAUGGAGUUGCUUAAACUGGAAAACAAGGUGAGGUUUAUCCUUGGUGUGGUGAAUGAAGAGAUAAUAGUAUGCAAUAGAAGAAAGGUUGAUUUGUUCCAUGAGCUUCAAGCGAAAGGCUUUACACCCUUUCCAAAGAAGAAUAAAUCUGUUGAGCCGGAGGUUGCUGGGGCAUCUGAUGAAGCUGAUGAAGCAGAGGAGAGUCCAGAAGUUGUUAAAGAGGCGCGAGUUAGUGAUUACGAGUAUCUACUAUCUCUGACGAUUGGAACCUUGACCAUUGAGAAGGUUCAGGAGCUAUGUAAUGAAAGAGACAAGCUGAAAGGAGAAGUGGACGAUCUGAGGAAGGCAACCCCCAAGGCUUUGUGGCUGAAUGACCUUGAUUCUCUUGAGAAAGAACUUGAUGAGAUGGAUAAUAAUGAUGCUCAGGCAAUGGAGGCAAGAAAAAAACAAAGAGACAAAUUGAAUAACGAUUUAAAGCCAAAAAUCUCUAGAAAUGCACCAAAAGCUCCACGUAACGGUAAGAAAACCAGCAAUGCAGAACCUGUCACAGAAAGUAUGGACACAACAUUUAGUUCUACAACAGCGGAAGUUGCAAAUAACCCGGUGGUGAAGCCCAAAGGCAAAGCAGCUCCAAGAAAAGCUCCCGCUAAGAAGGGUAAAGCUGCAGUUCUCGACGACGACGACGACGAAGUCCUCGAGCUUAAAGAUCGUCUUGCUGCCUAUAAAAUUGAGUCAUCUCCUGAACCAUCAGAAGUUUCCAUGGAAACUGAAGUGCCGCAAGUACAAGCGGCCAAGAAGAAAGAACCCAACAAGAGAGCAGCUGCCAAGAAGAAAACUACUGCAAAGUCUGCUCAGAUGUCAGUUAGUGACGAUGAUGACGAUGAUGACGAUGAUGAUUUUGAAGUAAAGGAGGUAGCCCCUCCGGCAACCAAGAAGGGAGGAGGAAGAGGAGGAGGAAGAAAGGCAGCUGCUACAAAUGCCAAAACAACCAAGCCUCCUGCUGCUGCAGCGAAGUUGGGGCAGAAACUGAUAACUGAAAUGCUGGAACCGGCAGAGAACUCCGGCAUCUCACCGGAGAAGAAAGUGAGGAAGAUAAGAGCAUCACCUUUCAACAAGAAAAGUGGCUCUAUAUUAGGAAGAACAAUUGGGGAAGAGGACGAAGAAGAAGAAGAAGAAGAAGAAAGUGGAAUUGAAGAGAAAGUGAUGGGUUCUGCUUCUUCUGAGACCACUAAAGAAGAAGUCGCCGGAGUUCUGCCGGCGAGAGGAAGAUCAAUGAGAGCAAACAGAACACAGGUCAGAUAUGUGGUUAGUGAUUUGGAUAGUGAGACAGUUUCUGAGGAUUCGGACUCUGAUGAAGAUUGAUUGAAGAAUCUCUUUGUUUGUAUAGACAAAACUUCUUUCCGGUGAAUUAACUGAGCUUCUCGACUCUGUUCUGUCUUUUUGGGGUAGAAAUUAGGAAGUUCAACGAUGUAUGAUCCAUUCAUAUCUUAAUGAUGAAGAUUUGGGGCAUUGGAUGGAGUAUUCUGUGUAGGGUGUCCCACAUCCAGACCAAAGUAGGAAAAAAAGGGGGGGAAAUUCACUCCAUACAUAU